CUCUGUCUCUCUGUCUCUGUCUCUCUGUCUCUCUCUCUCUCUCUCUCUCUCUCUCUCUCUCUCUCUCUUUCUGCACUUUCCUUCUCCCCUGGUUUCUUAAUUCACACAAAACGCAUUUGAGUCAUUCAUUGCGUGCAUUAUUCUAAUCUUUCCCACAGAGUUUUUGAAUCGAUUUUCAUUUCUCUUUUGGUUUUGCGAACAUCGAAUUCAGUGUUCUCAAGACAAGAUUUCGAAUCUUUUUUGUAUUUUUAUUUGCAAGAACAAAGCAGAGUUUAAAGAAUCUGAAUCUCUUUUUCUUUUAAACUACAUUUCAUCGCUGUUGUUCUACUUGGGGGAACUUCAAAGAAUUCCAUACUUUCUUUUUCUUUUCGUCUUUUUGUAUUCAAAAUUCUUAUUUCCAAUAAAAAGGUACACAACUUUGGGGGCUCCCCAUUAUAAUCUCUCUGUAAUUUCCUCUGUUUAGAUAUACAAAAUGUUGGGAACUGCGUUGCAGUUUGGGGGAAUCAAAGGUGAAGAUCGGUUUUAUAUUCCGGUUAGGGCACGGAAGAACUAUAAUCAGCAAAACCCAUCAAGGAGAGCUACCAAGACCGAUGAAACUGAGACCCCAUCCACUAAACUUGUGGCUUCUACUAUAAACACUUCUAACCCAUUAAUUUUUCAGCCUAAAAGCAACUUGGAGAGAUUCUUGGAUGCCACAAGGCCUUCAGUUCCUGCGCAGUUCUUCUCUGAGACAAGUAUGAGGGGUUGGUUGCCUCGUGGUUUUGGUUUUCAACCUUAUUUCAUUCUGAAUGAUCUGUGGGAGUCUUUCAAGGAGUGGAGUGCUUACGGUGCAGGAGUUCCUUUAGUACUUAAUGGAGGUGACUCCGUUGUUCAAUACUAUGUUCCAUAUUUGUCUGGUAUCCAAAUAUAUGGCCAACCUGCUCCAAUUGGAUCAGAUUCUAAGUCCAGGGUGGGUAGUGAGGACAGUGAUCUUGACUCUUCUAGAGAUACAAGCAGCGAUGGAAGCACUGAAUAUGAAUUUGGAAACAGCUGCAACUUUACUAAAGAACAGUGGGUUCAUCACCGUUUAGCUUGUGAAAACACACUUAAAAUGAGAAAGACAUCUUUAAGUGAUGAACAUAGCAUGAUAAAAGAAGGGGUUUCAAGUGAUGAUCCUCGGAGUGUCUUGCUGUUUCAGUUUCUUGAGCUAGAUCCUCCUUAUCAACGUGUACCACUGGCUGAUAAGAUAAUUGAUCUUGCCUAUCAAUAUCCUGGUCUGAAAACUCUAAGAAGUUGUGAUAUACAGGCAGCCAGUUGGGUCUCUGUAGCUUGGUACCCGAUAUACCGUAUACCCACUGGUCCGACAUUAAAAGAUUUGGAUGCUUGCUUUUUGACAUAUCAUUCCCUUUCCACACCCAUUAGAGGGAAUGUGCAUGGCCAGGCACUGAUAUAUUCAAAUGACGUUGAUGGUACCCCAAAGAUGUCCUUGCCUGUUUUUGGAAUGGCUUCUUACAAGCUCAAAGGCUCAAUUUGGGCGCAAAAUGGUGUCAACGAGCAUCAAAUGGCAAGCUCCCUGAUGCAGGCAGCAGACAAAUGGCUGAAGCACCUUCAGGUCAAUCAACCCGAUUUUCAGUUCUUUGCAUCACAUGGGACAUACUGGAGAUGACAAGAGAUGACUCAAAAGAUGUCUCUACUUCCACACCGUCCAGUCAAAACUACCAAAAGAACGAAUCCGUGCCUUUAUCGACGACCAGACCUGCACUCAAUACCAGUAGUGCUACAUUUUGAUUUUGGCUGGUUUGUUCUUCCUGGGAAUACAUUUCAUAGAGGCAGUUAACAAAAAAGAAGAAAAAAAACAUGUCUGAAAUGGAGGAAUAGCAGCAGAACAGACAGAGUUCAUGUGAAGUAGAAUUUGAAGGGCAAAAGCGAUGUGGGAACUUGUGGCAAUCAAAUACAAGGUUUGUCUAUCAUUUUACAUUUUGUCCUGGAAACUUGUGAGAAGUCACUCUCUUUUUUAGUCUUCUUGUCCAAGUUUAUGUCAAGAAGCACAAUUUGUGUGCAUAUUACGUAUGUUUUGAUGUGAACUGUCUUCAAACAAGUAUAGAUGAACAAGAUUAGACAGAA